CCCUUUAUGUCUGUUUCCUCAUCCUGCUGUACUGACACCGAGGGAGCCCGGGGGAAGGGAGCGACACACGGCUCAGUUCGACUGCUCGGCCGCUGCUCCGUCGGUCGCUGAUACACUUGACGCAACAUGAUCGCGCUUCUAUUCUGCACGUCCGUGCUUCUGCCGACCGCGUUCGCGGGGAGCGCAAAUGAAUCAAUAUACAUGGUGACAGUAACCUCCCAAACAGUAGGGGGCAGUACAGAGACAAUAUGUGCCCAAAUACACCAACCCAAGGGACCAGUGUCAUUCACCAUAACCCUGGAAAUGGAGGGCAUCGACAAUAUGACUCUGCUGGAGGAGUCUGUGAAAGAGGACUUCUACCGAUGUCUGCCUUUCCAGGUCCCCUCGGUUCGCAGUGACACUGUGGCCACUGUCCACGCUGCUGUCCAUGGGGCCACCGAGGACCUGAACAAGAAAUCGAAGAUCCUGAUAAAGCCCAGAUCCUUCCUGACCAUCGUGCAGACAGACAAACCCGUGUACAAACCAGGCCAGAUCGUCCAGUUCCGUAUUGUCUCCAUGGACGACAGCUUCCUGCCCUACAACCAAGUGUACGACACUGUGGAAUUGCAGGACCCCAAUAUGAAUCGUAUAGCUCAGUGGUUGAACCGGUCCACCACCAGCGGGAUUUUGGACCUGUCGCACCGCAUGACCCCAGAAGCCGCGCAGGGGACGUAUGUGAUCACCGCUAUGAGUGACAGCAGUGGAUCCACGUCGCACACCUUUGACAUCAAAGAAUACGUCUUGCCAAAGUAUGAGGUCAAAGUCCAUCUGCCCAACGUUAUUACCAUCCUGGACACACGCGCAACGUUACAAGUCUGUGGGAAGUACACUUAUGGGAAGCCUGUUCUGGGAUCAGUGAAAGCUGUAGUUUGCCGGAAAUCAUACCGACAUUACUGGUAUUCAGAAACACGAGCAACCACAGAUAUCUGCAAGGAAUACAGUAUGACUACCGACAAGAGUGGGUGUGCAACGGAAACCAUCGAUGUGAGGGCGUACGCUCUCAAUGAGACGCAGUACGAGGACAGCCUCGAGGUAGACAGUGAGAUGGAAGAGUAUGGCACUGGUGUGCUGCUGAAGGGUAGUGGCAGUGCCCGUCUGUCUAGUGACAUCGUUACGGUGACGUUCGAAGAAUCGCCUCAGGCAUUCAAGCCAGGGAUCCCGUAUGAGGGGAAGGUGAAGGUGGUGGGUGCAGACUCCUCUCCUGUGAGGAACGAGACGGUUCUGCUCAUGGCACGGUACAAAGGGCAGUUGGAGAACAGAACGCUGGUCACAGACAGCAGGGGCAUGGCCGACUUCAGCCUGGACACCACCCCCUGGGAGCUGAACACAGUCAACCUGCAGGCACAUUAUCGUCAAGUGGAAGAGGACUUUGCGUAUGUGCGCGGCCUUCGCAGGCCCAACUACAGAUACGCACAGCAGUGGGUCAAGCCCUUCCACUCCAAGAGCAACAGCUUCCUGAAGAUCAAGCAGGUGAAAGGAAAGCUCCCGUGUGACACAGAUGUGCCAAUCAUGGCUCAGUACAUCAUCCAGGGGGAGGAGCUGGAGAAGGAACAGGAAUCCCUGGAUAUUUUCUACCUGGUCCUGUCAAGAGGCAGCAUCAAACAGCAUGGCCGCCUGCAGGUACCAGUGACAGCAGGACAAGUACACAGGGGCGAGGUGUCGGUCUCCCUGCAGCGGCUGACAGACCUGGCUCCCUACGCGCAGGUGGUGGUGUACACCGUGCUGCCGGACGGCGAGGCCGUGGCAGACAGCGCAGACUUCCCCAUUCAGCUGUGCCUGAAAAACAAGGUGUCCCUGAAGUUCUCGUCACUGCAGGAGCUUCCUGGGGAGAAGACGUCCCUGAGCCUGAAGGCUCAGCCCGGCUCUCUGUGCUCUGUGAGGGCCAUCGACCAGAGUGUGCUGCUGCUGCAGCCGGAGCAGGAGAUCAGCGUCGACUCGGUGUACAACCAGCUGCCGGUCCAGAGGCUGUCGGGUUACCCGUACAACGUGGAGGACUUGGAUCCAUACCCCUGCAUCGGCAGGCCUUUCGUGGAGGAGGUGCCUGUGGAUGAGCCCGAGGAGGUGCCUGCAGUGGAGGCCACACCUGCAGCGGAGCUGGAGGUGGUGGAGCUGGAUGCGGUGGAGGUGGAGACUCAGCCCGCCUCCAAGCGCAAACGCUCCAUUUACUUCGGGCCCAGUCCUGAAAAGCACGACGUGUACAACAUCUUCAAGGAUGUUGGAAUUAAAAUCAUCACCAACUCCGAUGUGAAGAAACCCAUUGACUGCUACAACCACAUUUUCGCCUACAGGUCCUACAGUUAUGACACUGACUUCGAUGAGCAAGACUCUCCGGUUCCCAUGGCGUUCAACAUGGAGCGCACGGCCGUGGAACGGCUGGGGGCCACGCCCAGCGCCGCCGACGAGCCGCAGGAGACUGUCCGCACGUACUUCCCGGAGACCUGGAUCUGGGACCUGGUUCCGGUCGGAGAUUCGGGCUCGGUAAAGGUGGAGCACACCGUCCCGGACACCAUCACCAAGUGGGCGGCAGACGCCCUCUGCACCUCCUCUGUGGGUGUGGGCCUCUCUCCCAGCGUCGGCUUCACCGCCUUCCAGCCCUUCUUCAUCAGUCUGACGCUCCCCUACUCUGUGGUGCGAGGCGAGGUGUUCACCAUCAAGGCCACCGUCUUUAACUACCUCUCCAAGUGCAUCAUGGUGCAGGUGAGCCUGGCGGAAACAGAGCAGUACACAGCGCGGCCGUGUGUGGGCUGUGAGUACACACACUGUCUGUGCGGAGAGGAGAGCAGAACCUUCAGCUGGAUACUCACACCGACCACCCUCGGUGAGGUCAGUGUUAAGGUGAGUGCGGUGGCUCUGAAGACGGAGGACCUGUGCGGGAAUGAGGUGGCGACCGUGCCGGAGAGGGGACGCGUCGACACUGUCGUCCGCACCCUCAUCGUGGAGGCAGAGGGAACCAAGGAGACCAUCAGCCACAACGCCCUGCUGUGUCCUGCAGAGGGUGCUGUGCAGGAGAAAGUCUCUCUGAAGCUGCCGGAGGUGUAUGUGGAGGGGUCAGCCAAGGCGUUCCUGUCUGUUCUGGGUGACCUGAUGGGCCGGGCCAUGCGCAACCUGGACAGCCUGCUGGCCAUGCCAUACGGCUGCGGUGAACAGAACAUGGUGCUGUUCGCUCCCAACAUCUACAUCCUCAAAUACCUGGAGAGCACCAGCCAGCUCACCCAGGAGGUCAAAGACAAGGCCACACGCUUCCUGGAGAGCGGCUAUCAGAGGGAGCUGAACUACAAGCACGGGGACGGCUCGUACAGCGCCUUUGGGAAGACUGACGGGUCGGGAAACACCUGGCUUACCUCCUUUGUGAUGAAGUCGUUCGGGGGAGCGAGGCCCUACAUCUUCAUCGACCCCGAGCACAUCGCUCAGGCGAAGAGCUGGCUCAGCUCCCACCAGCAGGACAGCGGCUGCUUCCAGUCUGUGGGAAAACUCCUAAACAACGCCAUGAAGGGAGGAGUCAGCGAUGACGUGUCCCUGACCGCCUACAUCACUGCUGCUCUGCUCGAGCUGGACAAGAACACCACUGACCCCAUGGUGGUAAAGAGCCUGGAGUGUCUGAAAGCUGCAGCCAGCCAGAGGGACAACCUGUACACCACUGCCCUGCUGUCCUACACCUUCACUCUGGCCGGGGACAAGGAAACCCGCAGCACACUCAUCACACACCUGCACAAAGUGGCCAAAAGCACAGGAGGCACACGCCAUUGGCAGAGAGCGGAGGUGAGCGGGAGGUGGGCGGACUCUCUGGAGGUGGAGAUGAGCUCCUACGUGCUGCUGGCCCUGCUGUCCGGCCCCCUGCUGCCGGAGUUUGGCCUGGGCUACGCCUCCACCAUCGUGCGCUGGCUGACCCAGCAGCAGAACCCUUACGGUGGCUUCGCCUCCACGCAGGACACUGUGGUUGCUCUCCAAGCACUGGCACUGUAUGGUGCUGCCACCUACAGUCCAGAGGGUGCCAGUACAGUUACUGUAACUUCAGAUGGAGGGUACAAGCAGGAGUUCAGUGUGGACCAGCACAACAGGCUACUGUACCAAGAGGAGCAGCUGAAGGAGGUGUCAGGAGACUACAGCAUUCAGGCUCAGGGCCAGAGUUGCGUUUUUGUGCAGAUCGCUUCACACUACAACAUUCCCCCUCCACCAGACUUCACCGCCUUCAACAUCUCCACCACGGUGCUGGGCACCUGCAACGGCACACAACAGACAGCUCUCCACGUGCUCAUCACCGUCAGGUACAAUGGCAGGCGUGAGGAAACCAACAUGGUGAUCAUCAACGUUAAGCUGCUGUCGGGCUUUCUGCUGGAGAAGAGCUCCCUGAAACCUCUCAAACGAGACCCCACGGUGAAGCGCGUGGACCAAGAGGACGGACACAUCAUCAUCUACCUGGACGGGCUGAAAAAGUCGGAACCGAAGACAUACGCAUUAGUUCUAGUGGAGGACGUCCCAGUAAGGAACCUGAAGCCAGCGGUGGUGAAGGUUUAUGACUACUACCAGACAAGUGAUGAAGCAGUGAGCCAGUACAGCUCGCCCUGUACUGAGGGUGAUGAAAUUAAUGAGCUGUGAGGGGGGCUGGGGACACCUCACGCCUCCGCACUGUCCCGACGCCGAGGCGGAGCUCCCACUGGCGCCCCGAUCUGGCUCACCGUCCUGCACCGGACGCACCUCACACACCGCUGAUAAAACCGCCUCAUUUCCCUCCAGAUGUUUUUACACCAAUUUUAACACAUAACCUUCCAUUAAGUUUUAAUUGACUUUAAUAAGGCACUGAACAAAGCCUUCAGAGGAAUGACUAGUUAACGCUUUCUUUAUUCCCUUGUGUGAGAUGCUAGGCUUCUGUAAGGGGACUUCAUGAGUAAUUUAUGUAUAUCUCUGUACCAUCCAACUUUGUAACCUUAAGCUAAAGCUCAAUGAUUAAGUACAGAAAAAGGUUGUACUACAAUUACUAGUAUAAUAUAAAAUGCUAUUCCUUACAUUUGAUAUCAUCACUACCUUUGACUGAACCAUGUACAAUAUGAAAUACAAUGUUCUAUAUUAAAUGGAAGGGGUAAAGAUA